GCUUGCGGAUUGGCGGGGAAGCUGGCUGGAUGCUAUGCAGGAGGAUUCCGGGUUCCCGGCUGACGCCGAUCAGUUUGUUUUAGUCGCCAGUUUGGACAACGCACGGAAUCUGUCCAACCUUCUAAAAGCUAUCCAUUUCCGAGACCACGCCACCUUCUUCGCCUCAGCCAACGGUAUCAGAGUGACAGCCGAGGCGGCCAAGAGUGUCCAAGGCAAUGCAUUCAUCCAGGCCAGUGUCUUUCAGGAGUUUCGAAUUGAAGAGGAUUCUGUGAUAUUCCUCAUAAAUCUCACCGUUCUCUUAGAUUGUCUUACAAUAUUCAGUGCAAGUUCCCUGCCAGGAGUGACCACAGCCCUGAGAAUGUGUUACCGUGGAUAUGGCUAUCCGCUCACAUUGUUCUUGGAAGAGAGUGGUGUGGUAACUGUUUGUAAGAUUCAGACUCAAGAACCAGAGGAAACUCUUGAUUUUGAUUUUUGCAAUACAAAUGUUAUAAAUAAAAUCAUUUUACAAUCAGAGAGCCUGCGGGAGGCAUUUACAGAACUUGAUAUGAGCUGUGAAGUGCUGCAGAUUACAAUGUCACCGGAGAAACCCUAUUUCAGAUUAUCUACUUUUGGUAAUGCUGGGAGCACACACUGUGAUUAUCCAAAAGACUCUGAUAUGAUUGAGGCAUUCCAUUGUAACCAGACCCAGUGCAACAGGUACAAAAUAUCUCUACUAAAGCCAUCUACUAAAGCAUUGGCUCUCUCCUCUAAAGUUUCACUUCGCACAGAUAACCGGGGAUUUCUCUCUUUACAAUACAUGAUCCGCAAUGAAGAUGGGCAGAUCUGCUUUGUCGAAUAUUAUUGUUGUCCUGAUGAAGAGAUGGAAGAUGUAGACUCAUAAUUAAGAUUUUAAUAAAACCAAGUUUUUA